CUCCAGAAUCUCUUGCUGGUCUCCAGGAACAUUAUUCUAAUCUGUGUUUGGAAAAAUCCCAGAAAGUUAAUCCUUUUAUAUUGCAUAUACUUCAAGAAGUGGAUGAAGAAAUUAAAAAGGGACUGAAAAAAGCAAUCACAUUAAAUAUUGCUGGUAACAAUCGUUUAAUCCCAGUAGAAAGAAUAACAGAUGAAGAUUUUUGCAUUCUUUCCAAAAUUUUACAGAAUCAUCCAUAUAUUCAUGGUUUGGAUGUUAGGUAUAACCUCAUAAGUGAUGCUGGUGCAUACUAUGCUGCAGAAUUGCUCGAGACACAACUUUAUCUCAUUUACUUAAACCUGAUGUUUAAUGCUAUUCGGCCUGAAGGUGCAGAAUUGAUUGCUAGAGCACUACAUAAGAAUACAACUCUGAAGUACUUAAGGAUGACUGGAAAUAAAAUUGAAAAUAAAGGUGGUAUGUUUUUUGCUUCAAUGCUGCAGAUUAAUUCAUCCUUAGAGAAAUUAGAUCUGGGUGACUGUGAUCUGGGAAUGCAAAGUGUGAUAGCAUUUGCUACAGUACUAACUCAAAACCAAGCAGUUAAGGGAAUAAACCUGAACCGACCUAUAAUGUACGGUGAACAGGAAGAAUCUACAGCCCACUUAGGCCAUAUGUUGAAAGAAAAUCACUGCCUUCUUGAACUACACAUGUGUAAACAUGGUAUAAAAAAUUAUGGUAUACAACAGUUAUGUGAUGCAUUGUAUCUGAACAGCAGCCUACGCUACCUUGGUAUCAGCUGCAAUAAAAUCACUCAUGAUGGAAUGAUACAUUUGGCUGCUGUACUGAAAAGCAAUACUACCCUGGAAGUGAUAGAUCUUUCUUUUAACAGAAUAGAAAAUGCAGGAGCAAAUUAUCUCAGUGAAACUCUUACUUCACACAACAGGAGUCUUAAAGCAUUGUCAGUAGUCAGCAACAAUAUAGAGGGAGAAGGUCUUGUUGCACUAUCACAGUCAAUGGAAACAAAUCCUGUAUUAUCUAAUAUCUACAUCUGGGGAAACAAAUUUGAUGAGGCUACAUGUGUGGCAUAUUCAGACUUAAUUCAAAAGGGCCGUCUAAAACCAGACAAUACAGAUGUGGAGCCAUUUGUGGUGGAUGGAUGUGUAUAUCUUGCAGAAGUCUCCAAUGGCCUUAAAAGGCAUUAUUACUGGACACCAACUUAUGGAGAUGCUUACGGCCACUCAUCCAAUGCAGGUUUUGCUCUUGUUCCAGUAGGUCAGCAUCUAUGAAAAACAAGCCCUAAAAUAGUUUUCAUGCAUUUGUCUUAUUGCUUUUAAAGCCUAUUUGUUUUCUUUCAUAAAUUAGAAUGUGUAAAACUUUGUGUAGCUGUUCAUUGUGAAAAACUAAUUUUUUGAGAAGAUAUUUUACAAUGUAAAGACUAAAAUUUUAACCCUGAAGAAACCAGGGAAUAUACUAAUUUUUUUCAAUACGGAAAUAUAACC